AUGCCCGUCCAGCAGCAUGUGCUGAACUGGCUAUACAGUGUCCUCACCAGCGAAUAUCAUGAUGUGAAUCGUGCCUACAACGAUGUUGCGCAAGCCCUUGACAGGUUUUCUUCUCUAUCACCUCGAACCGAUGUACAUACAACCCGUCGCAUCCAGAUAUUGACCUCACCAGCGUUUUCGAACGGCGCCAAUGCCCUACUACUUCAUCUCUCGGGGACACUCCCUGUCAACUUUCGUGGAACGACAUACAGGUUCCCCUUAUCAAUAUGGGUGCCACACGCAUACCCACGAGAACCACCCAUGAUAUACGUUGUACCAACCGAGACGAUGAUGAUACGCCCGGGACAACACAUUGAUCCGCAAGGUUUCGUAUAUCACCCAUAUCUAGUGGGAUGGGCUGAAUUCUGGGAUAAGUCGAAUCUUCGGGAUUUCCUCAAUAUUCUUACCGACGUCUUCGCAAAAGAACCCCCAGUCGUGGCUCGACAACCACAAGCUCGGCCGCCCCCUGCGCAAGCGACCCCGACACCUCCUCCUCUCCCACCUCUGCCUCCCGGCAUGGGACCAUCCUCGCGACCUGGGACACAGAAUCCGCACUCUUCAGAACAGCCGCGUCCUCCUCCUCCGCCCCCGAAAGCCCCUCAGAAUGCCGCGCCAAACAGGCCACAAACUGGGCCACCCUUGCCUCCAAUUCCAGGACAAUCUCCUGCACAGUCUAAUCGAAUGUCACGCUACGACUCAGCUCCUCCUCUGCCACCACAAGUUGGGAGCCCAAAUGCGCAAGAUCCGCGAAUACCUCGCCCUCAAGAACAGAAUCCGACUCGUCAUAUGUCGCCUGCUGGACCGCCAAUGGCUGCGCAACCUAGAUAUGUGAAUGAAGCCCAGUCAUUUGCGCCUUCACCUCAACAACAAUGGCAGCAAAUGCCACCACAGCAUCAGCAAUAUCAACAACCUCCGACUUGGACCCAAGCUGCUCCACCACAGCCAAGUCCUGCGCAGCCACCUCCACCUCCUGAUCUACUAGACGAGCCCUUGGAACUAGCAUUGCCGAAUAACACAGUAGCGGCUCCUCCAAUCCCACCCAAUCCGGAGAAGGAUGCGCUUUUGCGACAGUUAGCCCAGACACUGUACUCUAUCAGAAUGCGCAGCAGACAGCAAAACGAUUCGAGUAUGGCCGGCUUACAAGCACAACGAACAGCAAUGUUGUCAACAAUACCUGCUUUCCAAGCUGAAGGUGGCCAAUUGGCGCAACUUUCAAAUGUACUCACGUCGAACUCUAAUAUUUUACAUGAUGCUCUUCAUAAAGCGGAUGCAGUCAUUGAGGGUUCUAAGAGCCACCCUGUGCCAGACGUCGAUGAGCUGCUUGUAGCUCCUACUGUGGUUGCAAACCAGCUUUACACGCUAGUGGCAGAAGAGAGAGCCCUUGGUGACGCCAUAUUCAUGCUCGGCCGGGCUGUCGAACGCGGGCGCAUUACGCCAGCAGUAUUUGCCAAGAUGACGAGGCAUCUCGCAAGAGAGUGGUACUUGAAAAAGGCAUUAGUGCGUAAGAUUGGACAAGGAAUGGGCCUAGCCGCAUGA